AUGAAGCUCGCCCACCUCGUAUCCCUUCUCCCGCUCGUCGCGGCGUUCCGCCUCCCCACGACCCCCGGGGACGUGUUCGUCCUCGCGGGCGACAUGCUCGCCGAGACGCCCGAGAGCGUUCUCACCCCCGCUAGCGACAUCACGUUGGCUUCGAUCCCUAACGACGAGCACUACACCCUCACCUCGGCCAUGCACCCGGACCACAUGGUGCGCAUCAAGAGCACUGAGGGGUGGUGCGACCCCGACGUCAAGUCGUUCACUGGUUACCUCGACGUCGGGGGAGGCAAGGACCUGUUCUUCUACUUCUUCGAGUCGCGCGGCAACCCGAAGGAGGAUCCAGUAAUCAUGUGGAUCAACGGCGGGCCGGGAUGCUCGUCAGCGAUCGGCUUGUUCAUGGAGUUGGGUCCCUGCACGGUCGCCGACAACCCGAAGACUGUCAACGACACCAAGCCCAACCCGUACUCGUGGAACGAGCACGCCAACAUCUUCUUCGUCGACGAGCCCGUCAACGUCGGCUUCUCGCAGGCACGCAACGGACAGGUCGUUGGUACCGCGGAGGAGGCUGGCCAGGACAUUGCUGCGUUCAUCGACAUCUGGUUCGACACGUUCAAGGAGUUCCGCGGGCGCGAGUUCCACAUGGCUGGCGAGUCGUACGGUGGCCGCUACCUCCCGGUGUUUGCGUCGGCUGUCUACGACCAGAACCAGAUGCUCGUCGCACAGGGCAAGGAGCCCAUCAACCUCAAGAGCAUCAUGAUCGGCAACGGCAUCACCAACUCGUACACCACAACCGAGUCGUACUUCCCGUACCAGUGCACGGUGCAUGCCGACCUGAACCACACAGUCCAGAACAUCGGCAAGUGUAUCGAGAUGGCUGAGAGCCUCCCGCGUUGCAAGAAGAUGCUCAAGAAGGACUGCAUCGAGUCGCACGACGCCACUUCAUGCUCCAUUGCGGCCGGCUACUGCGCUCAGACGAUCGGUUCGUCGUUCCUGUACGCCGGUGUGAACCCUUACGACGUCUCCAAGCCGUGCACGCUCGAGGAGCUGUCCGACAGCCUGUGUUACCCCGAGACCAAGAAGAUCGGGACGUAUCUGAACCUGCCGGACGUGCGCAAGUACCUCGGCGUGGAGAAGGAGGGCCAGUGGGACUCGUGUGAUUAUGGCGUUGGGAACGCGUUCGCGGCUACGCUUGACGCAUCUGGCCAGACGUGGCUGUACGUUUCGCAGCUGCUUGAGCGCGGCGUCGCAGUGCUCAACUAUGUCGGUACGCUGGACUUUAUCUGCAACUACAUCGGCAACGAGAUGUGGAUGGAGGCGCUCGAGUGGACAGGCAAGGACAAGUACAACGCGGCAGAGUACAAGAAGUGGGACGUCGACGGCAAGCACGCUGGCGAAUACAAGGGCCACGGCAAGCUCACGUUCCUCAAGAUCUGGGGUGCGGGCCACAUGGUCCCGAUGGACCAGCCGAAGCACUCCCUGUCGUUCCUCGACCACUGGCUCAAGAACGGCAAGGUCGAGUAG